UUCAUCUCUGGAGAAGAGACGUGAACGCCACAACAGGGCAGGAAGAGAGUUCGUCGUAAACAAUCUGAGGCUCGCGUCUCUUGACUUUUGCGCGUUUCCUUCUACUUUUUUUUUUUUUUUCGCCCGCUCACGGCCAAGAAAUCUGCGCUUCUUCCCCUCCAACUCGCUCGCUCGCCAGCAUCAUCGGAAGGCACGCACGCCGCCUGAUUUUGAGAAGACGGCAGUGGCGGUGGGGGAGGAGGUGACCUCAGGAGGACGCACAGGGAUCCCAGCUCCGGGAAGAGGAGGAGAAGGAGAAAGAGGAGGAGGAAGAGGGCACAUCCUGCUGAUAGAGAGCAUCUAUGAAGCCUUUCUUUUCCUCUGUCCGCACGCACAGUUACGAUUUCGGACUUAUUCAUACAGUGUCACGUGAAGUCAAUGUUCAUGUAGUGAACACGUUAGUUUAUGUGAGGAUAAUUUGCACAAAAGUACAUUAAGGACGAGCUGCACGUACAUAAAAUGGAACUCGACCGGAUCAGAGGAUUAUCUGAUGUCCCAUGAGAGUCAGCCUGGUCCUGCCCAUCCUGGUGCCAACCACGCUGGUACCACCCACUGUGGGUCUGUGACAUGGACCCCUCUCACUCCUUUAGGAUGGAGGUGGACGGGCUGGACCUCCAGCAGGGCCCGGUGUUGUCACUCGACCAGAUACGUGCCAUCCGGGCCCACAAUGACUACGUGGACCGGCCGGUGGCGCUGGAACUAGCAUCCCAGUCUGGAUUUUUCUAUGCCCACGACGAGCGCCACCCGCAUGGAAUAUACUCGCAGCAUCCUCAGUCGCCCCGCCACACUCCCCUGCCCCGCAGCCAAAGUCAGCAGCACACCCACAUCUCCCGCCUCAGCAGCUCUAGUACAGUGAGCUCCUUCAUUUCCCGGACCAGUGGUGGUUCCGACCAGAGGCUUCUAGCGGGCUUGACACCCUCGCAUUCCGGCUUGGCUUCGGUGGUGCGCGCCCAACCGAAAGGGGAGCUCAAGCACGACGCGUCCCUGAGCAAAAUCCUAGCUGAGGAAGAGCUGGGCCGGCACCAGUUCAUCUGUGAGCGCUGCGCCCGCUGCAAGUGCCAGGAUUGCUGCACCUCGCGCCGACUACCUUCCUGCUGGGCCUGUGGGCAGCGGUGCCUGUGCUCUGCUGAGAGCAUGGUGGAAUACGGCACUUGCCUGUGCUGCAUCAAAGGCCUCUUCUACCACUGCUCGGCGCAGGACGACGAGGACAACUGCGCCGAUCAGCCGUGCUCCUGUGCCCCGACCCACGCCUUGGCCCGCUGGGGCAUCAUGGGCCUCCUGGCUGUCUGCCUGCCCUGUCUCUGCUGCUACCCCCCUGCCCGGCUGUGCCUCUCCCUGUGCCGCUGCGCCUAUGACCGGGCUACGCGACCCGGCUGCAGGUGCAGCAACACUAACACCGUGUGCCGCAAGAUCUCCGCUUCUAACCCCAGCCCGGGUCAUCCCACUAUGAGCAAGGCUGUGGAGAAGUCGCUAUGACAGGCCUGGAUUGGUGGCAACAAGACGCCAACCUUACUCGUGCUCGACUACCUUGUAUGCAGCUCCCUGUUCUACAGCCCGGGAGGGACCAAAAGCUUUAAUGUGCCUGUUCGCCUUGGAAACUACAAGCUCAACCUGAAGAAGAACUGAACGGAACUCCCCUUCCUUCUUCUGCCUAAUCAGGAUGUAUAAAACAAAUUUAUUUAUUAACGGGCCGGCUACUGACGUGUUGCAGUCAACACCCGGACCAGCGACUGGAUCAGGAACUCACGGUUCUACCACAACCAACGAUGGGAAAUAGACGCUUCCACUAAAGGUCGAAAGACCAAGAAACCAAUGACUUAAAUAUGGCAACAUUUGCAGCACAUCUGGAAGAAUUUGACACUCACAAAUAAGGGACCACACACUGUCUGAAUGGAAUCUCAAUGCCAUUAAGCUCAUUUGUAUGAGGUGGACACUCAAAAGUCGUGGGCCACAGAGACCGAUUGUAUUUGGGUUAGUUCGUAGGCAACUUUAUGGUUCCUGGAGGACCGUAUGGUAUAUUCUGGGACUUUAAUUAAGAUCGUCUGCCAAAAUCCAUUGGUUCUACGUGCCACCCCCAGAAAAUUCCAUAGAAAUAGCUUCUACUGAAUACGUCCUUGAGAGAAGUCAUCAGUGGGAGCUUCAAACUUUCGCAGAAGAUUUCCAGCUCAUCUGGAGAACUUUGACAUCCUUGUUAAAAAGGGACCACCGCACUGUCUGAAUAAAUAUUCAAUUCCAUUAAGUGAUUAGUAGGAGGUGGAGGCACAAUACUGUCCAGAAGUCAUGGGCCACCAAGACAUAUCAUAUUUGAGUUAACGUGCAGGAAACUUGCUUGUUCCUGAAAAAUCAGAUGGUGGAUUCAGGGACAUUGAAACAGAUCUUCCACUAAAAUCUAAUGAUUUGUACGCGCCACCUCUCUUGGAAAUCUCAUAGAAAUGCCUUCUGACAAAAUCUGUCCUUCUAACUAAGUCAUUGGUGGUAGCCUCACUUUUGCCUAAUACAUUUCCAGCACCUCUGGAAUUCUUUGGCACCCCCCCCCC